AUGGGACUUUGGACCAAUGGGACUUUGGACCAAUGGGACUUUGGACCAAUGGGACUUCGGACCAAUGGGACUUCGGACUAAAGAGACGUCCCCGCUUUUAGUAGACAUGAUUGUAAACACAGCAUGACGUCAUUAUGUCGCAGGUCCGUAGCUUUCUUUUUUGGUACAUUUUGUCAUGUUUGAAUGAUUAUACCUUGAAGCCUUUUCUAGUUUUGUCCCCGUCACUUCAACUUUUUUUAAGGAAGCUUCUGUGUAAGAUUCCGGUAAAUACCUGACUCUUGGAGCUCAAGAAACAAUGACGUCACGUACGUGCUUUACAGAUCAUUCCCAGCACGCUAUCAAGCACUGUACACUCCUGGUGGCCCCCUCAGUGGCGAAAGCAUCGUGCCAGCUAUAAAUGGUCAGAUAAUCCGUCAUGUGGCAAUUGCUUUGUAUAGACCUUUCUACUCUCGGUUGGCAAACUGCAUUUUUGCCAACCAUGGGUUGCAAAAGACUAGUAUGGAAGACCUAACGCUGCAAAAAUGAAGAAGAGUUAUUAAAGAAAACUAAAACAUUAUUUGAUUGUUGGAAAUAUAACAUUGUCUACAAACAACAACAUCAUUACUACACAUGCCUUUUGACUAUGUAUUGAAGGUGCAAUGAGGACGUUUUCUGGAAAAAUAAGGCCAACCCCGGCUUCAAUUUAUGUGCCUUGCGGCAGUCCAUAGAAAAUGGCAUCAAUGUUUACAAACAAAAGAAAGGUCUAUUAUACACCUUAUUCACGAGAAAGCCAUUUUGGACGGGUUCCCUGAAUGUAUUUUAUUGAUUGGGAACUGUUGAAUGGGAUGGUGCCAGACUACUUAUACAUUCUAGCCUCACUUUCAUUGUUUUUUUGUAGCUGCUUAAAACAUAUAAAGGGUAUGUUUAAAUCACAAAUUUAAAAUUAUUCAAUAGAGCAGACAGGUAUAACGUGUAAUUAAGUCAUUGCUAAUUUCAUUUCUCUUCGCAAGUUCCAGAAAUGAAGAUUUUACCUCACCUUAAAUUCAAUAUUGCCGACUCGUGACUAAGGCCCAUAGUUUGCCAAAGUACUUCCGCCAUUUCAGGUGGCCUCCGUGAAUGUUCAAUGAUAACGUGUUUGUAUUCGUCAGUUAUGAUCAUUUUCAUACCAUUCAGAACUAGAGGUCUAAAAAGAAAAGACGCAAAGGCCAGCAAACUAAGCCACAUUUAGUUCCUCAUUACAGUUAAAACUAUAUCUUGGGUUAUAACUAUCGCCUGCUUGUUGAGUUUAAGCAUUGUUUCAUUGUGAUUAAAACCAAUCAAGUAUUGAUUGCAUCUGGUAUUAUAUUUAGUAUUCCUUUAACAUUUUCAGUCAAAAUGUGGUAGGUUUGUUUUUUUGUUAUCAAGAAGAUCCAGAAAAGUCGUCCUGCGAACAGAUUAUUCCUUAUUUCCAAUAAAAAUCCGAUUUUACCCAAUAUUAAUUAUACACAAUGUCUAGCCGUGUGGUUCACUGUGGGUAUUUUAAAAGCAGGAGACCUGAGCUAUCCUGAGCGAAAUAUUUCUUGACAUAUUUCCCAAAAAAGCUGAUCUCAUUUGUAAAUCUAAAGUGUACUGCAGGCCGAAAACGGACGAUAUUAGCCCGAGCAAACCAAAAUAAUCCAAGGGUGAUACCUCUGGAAAACAUUUAUGAAUUUCGCAGUUUCGAAUAUGCUGAGCCUUGUGAACAUUUGACAGGGUCGGCCAAUCUUUCUUCCAAAGCAUUAAAAACAAAAUAUUUGAAAUCCGCUGUUUCAUGUGAGCAAUUAGGUCGGGUCAGCCAAACUCUACUCAAUUCCCGAUGGAAGAAGCUUGUUGGCUUGGCCCGUUUGCAGCAUUUACAAUCGGGCAGCUGACCUUUUUUUUCAGCGUCAGCAGACUGUAGUAUAGUACAAUUCGUCAAGCUCGAGUUAAUAAUUAACGGUUUCAAAUUGCUGUGUCACCGAUAAUUCUUAUAUGAUUUGUGUCCCCAAAAGACACAUGAUAAGGUCCAAUCGGGCUUUAUGGGGGAAAAUGCAUGCUCAUAUCACUCUGGCAAUAUCAAAGUACAUGUAGGCACUUUGUAUAAAGCACUUCAUUCCAGAAGCAACUUGCAACAGCAAAACUACCUGCGUUGAAUUAAGUGGUCGCGGCAUAAAAAAAAGAUCCUGCAACAAACAUGGCGCCGCAGACCGUACUCAUCACUGGGUGCUCGACAGGGAUCGGUUUUGCCACGGCCCUCAUGCUAGCCAAAGACAAGCUUACCAGAUUCAAGGUGUACGCGACAAUGAGGAAUUUGGAGUCAAGAGCCAACCUGGAAAAAGAAGCAGGGAGCACCUUGAACAAGACACUCUUCAUCCGGGAACUCGACGUGACCAAGGACCCGACUAUCAAAUCGGUGGUAGACGAGAUUCUGCGAGACAAUGGAAGAAUCGACGUUCUCGUGAACAACGCUGGCUACAUGGCCUUAGAUGCUAUCGACCAGAAGUCGGUAGAAUGGUGCCAAGUUAUGAUGGAUACCAACUACUGGGGAGUAGUAAGAACAACCAAUGCCGUGUUACCAGCGAUGAAGAAGCAGAUGUCAGGCCGGAUCAUUAACGUUUCCAGUAUGGCCGGCGUCCGAGGUGCUCCGUUUUUUGCUACCUACUCUGCUACCAAGUUCGCCAUGGAAGGAUACUCCGAGUCCAUUGCUCCAGUGUUGAGAGACGGAUACAAUAUCAAGGUGAGCAUCGUUGAACCGGGGCCAGUCAAGACGGAGCUUGCCAACAAGGUCCUUGGUACACCGUUCGAAGAACAAGCCAAAGAUUUUGACCCCAUCUUGCGAGAUGUAUUCGUCACAGGCGUCAAGCGCAUGGCGUCUGCGAUGGCUUCGGUAACUCAAAGCGCCGAUGAGAUAGCCAAGCUGCACAUGGAUAUCAUUCUGAGUGAGACUCCUCACCUGCGCUAUCAGACGACAGAAAACUUGACUAAAACGGCGGCCCUAAAGUUUCGCGAUCCCACCACGGAUUUUCUCCUCGAUAUGCUCAAGCAAAGCCGUUACGCUUCCCCUGCAGAGUAGUGUCAUGUAGUAAAGUCGCAAAUGAAAGAUUAGUUGCUAAGAGUGUACUGUAAGAACACCUAGUUAGAUUUCACUAAAAACAUUCAAACGCGCACCCAGCUGACUACAGCACUUUGACUGAUUUAGUCAAAUGUAAGUGUUUUAUAACUUUCUUAGAGAUAGAAAAUUUUCAAAAUGCACAAAAGGCCAAAAUAGCCACGUGUGUCGAAUUAAACAAAAUUAAAACAAGGCCUAAAUUAAAUGUUUGGGAAAGUGUCAAAUCUUUGUGUGGUGCUGGUCUGCUGAUAUUAAGUUAUCUCAAUGUAGCAGUUACCAAGUUGCCUUUUUGUAGAUAGACCUGAUACAUAAUGACGUCAGGCUUUGACAACGUGUGCAUUCCUAGGUUUGGAGGUAGGUUGGGAAAGGGAGCCAUCAAGCUUCCAUAAGAAGACACACUUGAAUACAAAGCAUGGCGUCACUAUCUCUCAGGUCUGUAGGCCCAUAGCUUUCUUUAUUGGUAUAUUUUGUCAUGUUUUUCAUUAUUAUAUACCUUGUAGCUAUUUUGUCCCCGUCACUUCAAUUUUGUUUAAGCGUUUGUGUAUAGUAAAUAUCCGACUCCUGUUGCUCAAUGAACAAAUGACGUGCUUUACAGACCGUUCCGAGCACGCUAUCAAGCACUGUACACUCACGGAGGCCCCCUUCAAUGGAGAAAGCAUCGUGCCAGCUAUAAAUGGUCAGAUAAUACAUCACGUGGCAAUUGCUUUGUAUUGUAGCUUGCACAAAUACCAUCGCCAUUAUGGAGGGGGCCUCCCUGAAUGUUCAAUGACACCGUGUUUGGAUUCGUUGAUUAUUAUUUUCAUAACCAGGAAAGGCUAGAGAGGUAUCUUCGGCUCUUCAUUACAAUUAACACUAUUUCUUGUGUUAAACCUAUUGCCCGUUCUUGGAUGGAAGUGCAUUGUUUUAUUGUGAUUCAAAUCAAUCAAGUACAACACGUUGUACUCCGUCA